GACAAUAUCGCCAUGAGGCCCCGUUUCGGGUCACCACCACCUACCUACCUCCUUUACUCCUCGCUUGGUUUUCUGCUGGCCUCGCCUGGAUACACCUUGACAAGCACACAAGCAAGGCCUUGGUUCAUGAUUUACCCGCCUGUCUAUCUGUAUCCGUAGUGUACCUCAUCUCUUCUCUCUUUCUGGGUAUACCUAUCUCUUCUCCUGGCUCUGUACGGAAUACUUGAUACUCAGAGGGCUGAGUAACUCUACUUCCUGCCGACUCUUGGACUCCAGCUUUUCGGUGAAGCAGUUCAGGACAGGAUUUGGGGAAGUUGUUAUUCUCGGACCUCACGUUGCACAUCACAAAUCAACACUCUCUCGCCCUUCCUCACUUCUUUUCCUCUUGAGACAGACCCCUUCUUCUCUUCAUAUCUUCUUCCCCUGCGGACCAACCUUUCCCUUUUCAACCCUCAUCCUCCGUCCGUCACCCACGUUCUCGUUCCCGACCCCCCUGCUACAUCUAGAACCUCGCAGCCUCUCCUCUGAUGCCACAUCUUUAUUGCUGUGCCUGACUUGCAUCACUUUUCCCUGGUCUUAACCCGCCCUCCCUAUUGCGUAUUGCCGUCGAUCACACCCGACACAGCGUCCCAAUACAUCUAUCGCCUACCCGCAAGAGCGCGCUAUCUAAGACGGACGUUGAUUCCUCCCGUCUCUCUCCCUCUCCAUCUCAUCAACACCAACAACCACCAAGAAAAAACCACACCCGCACAAUAGUCACUGCUCGUCGACCGAGCAGGAAACCUCACCAAUACUGACCACAACCACAACGACCCCAUCACUCUUUCGUGAUGAGUAACGGCAACUCACCCCCCAGUCUUAGAGCUGUUGAUGCCUUCGCGCGGGCCUUAUACCGUCGCGCCAAGGCAUCGGGACCAGAUUUCGACGACGUCGCCAACGUCGUCCGUCGCCUGCACACGGUCCUCAAGCACCUCAAGGUCGAGUCCGAAGACCAAGAUUCUCUCCUCAACUCAGAUGCCUCAUCCGUUUAUAACCGCCAGCUUGCUCCCCUUGUUGAGGACUGCGACUUUGCCCUCAAGCAGCUCGAAACCAUGAUCGAAAAAUAUGGCGAGGGUACACAGCUUGAAGAGCGCGAGCGUGACAUGUUGGCCAUGGUUCGCACGAAACUUGCCAACCAAGAAACCGCCAUCGACAUGUUUCUCGACACAGUACAGCUGCACAACCCCAGUAAAGCCCAACGCGUAGUGGACGAACAAGGCGGAAACUUGGACAACAUCAAAGACAAGGUGGAUGCCAUUGCAGCAAGGUUAUUUGCUCGGAGAGACAGCGGUAUUGGCGAUGACGAAGAGGACCUUUGGCAACAGUUCCGGGCCGAGCUGGAGAAGGAGGGCUUCUCAAAGGAAGUGUUGCGCAAGAACAAGGAGGUUCUGCGUGCCUAUAUUCGCGAGCUGGAACAUUCAACUGGAAAUGAUGCCACGGCACCACCCUCGGUCCGCGGUCUCCUCGCCCAGGAGCGCGCAUACCCCCAUCCAGCCAUGGCGGUUACACCUGCAUCCUACCAGGGCCGUGACAACUAUGGUCCUGGAGAGACGUACGGUUCAUACGACGACAAGUAUGCUCCGGCUGUAAGAGGUGACCGCCGUAUGGCAGACCAGCGCUCCGCUCCCAACAUGCCAAAUGAGUUCAGUACUCUUUCCACUUAUGAACGGGAACAUGGCGCGGACGAUGAGCACAACGACUCUCUCGCCCUCAUCUCAACUCGCGAUCUCAUGGCCAUGGAUACCAUCAACCACGGCAUGGAUAACCUUCGCCUCACUGCCGCUCAAAAUUACAGUAUUUCCCCUUCAUCUACUUCACCGGCAAGCCGCUAUCUACCACCAGAUGUUGCAGCUGCCCGCGCUGCAGCAGACUUCUCCUCCUCGCCCUCCAAUCUAGGCGUAUCACCACGCUUCGUACCUCCAAUCCCUCAUCCCAACAGCCACGGUGGCCCCCCCUCCGCAUAUGGUGCAUCCCCACGUACGUCCCAAAGCCGUCUUGCACCAGACCGCUACGGCAUGGACAUUCCCCUGGAAGCCAAGUGGACGCGCAUUCGCCGUGCCCUCAUCUCUCCUGAGAUCCUUGAGCGUGCCGGCGUCCGCUAUGAGGCUCGCCCAGAUUACGUCGCAGUCCUUGGUGUCCUCAGCCGUGAAGAGAUCACCAACUACGCUCGCCUCUCUGCCGAGGCCCGCGCCGCACGCUCUUCAAGACGUAACAACGGCGGCCCCCCGCCAAAAGGUGGUGCAACGCAAGGCUCACCUCGCCGCCGCGGUGAUUCACAUACCUCAUCAUCAGAGGAACCCCUCUGGGACUCGUCCGACAACUCGUCAGAAGCCAGCUACCCCGACGAGGAGAAAGGAAACAAGACAUACUACAUCGUUCCCCCUCCCUCAGACAAGGAAAAGGGCACAUCACCCGCCGCAACGGUUCAGCCAAAGCCCAUCCUCAAGAACAAGAACGAGAACCACGUUCGCUUCGACCCGCAACCUCAUGAGCUCGACCCCCACGCCUCGUCUCCCCGCUCCUAUCGCGACGACCGCGAUCGGAGGAGAAGGCCCUCGCGCCGCGAGCACAGGGACUACGAGAGCAGAGACCGUGACGGCCACUACAGAGACCGCGAGCGGGAACGUGACCGAGACCGCGGUGAUCGUGAGAGGGACCGCGACCGCGACCGCGACGGCCACAGAGACCGCCACCGUGACUGGGACCAUUAUCCCAGCCGUCACCACCGCGAGCGAUCUGACCGCGACAGGCGAGACAAGAAGAAGGCCUGGGGCGAGACACUGGGUGCCGUGGGCAUUGGUGGCGCCGCGGCCAGUCUGCUCAGCGUCCUCACUGAGGCAGCUUCCGUGUUGUGAUCCUCCAACGCAACUACCUACCUAUCUAUCUUCCCUAUAUCCCGUCUUUUCUAGUCUUUAAGUUGUACGAUGGCUAGUUGAUUGGAGCUUUGGACCCCCUGUAUCAAUCGACGUACUGCUGUUAGGAGCUGGCGCCCCCUUUUCCUUCCUACAUAUUCUUCUAGCAUUUACCAUUGGGGCUGUGCCCAAUACACAUUUUGAUCCGACGAGAACGGCAAUUAGGAAUACAGGACAUCUAGGGAGACAGGAAAGGAAAUUCUUUGCAAUCACAAAAAAUCCCGAACAACAGACUUGUACCUUUCUUUUCCUUUGUCAAAACUUGUUUCCAAGUUGAACAGCAAACUCAUGAUACCUGUACUAAGAAAGGGGGGAGAGGCAAAGUAGGGGGCGGAUGCAGAGUUGUACGAGAGCGCAUGGGAGAAGCCCCUGAAAGAUGUAGAUGUACACCAUACCUUUACGAAAUGAGAGAUACCCCC